UCAGUCGUCAGACGUCAGACAGCCAGUGAUAAUAUGUGACUACGACUACUUUUUCCGACAUUGUUUCAGUGCUUUCAUUAUUAUUUAUUCUAUUUUAAUAUAAUAUUAUAGUAUUACAAUGGCUCCGAAUUUUAGCAAAAUUACUUCAAGGACAGACGUUAAGAUUGCAAUAGCUGCUACGGCAGCAAUCAGUGCAUGGUUAAUAAAGAAAUCUAUGAAAACAAGUAAAACAAAAUGUACACGGCCUGGUCAACUCUCUCCGGAAGAGAGAGUCCAGUAUAUGAUAAAAGAAAAAAACAGAAAAGAACCCAAGGCGCAAGUGGAUGCAAGAUUCUUUGCUGAACUGAAAGCUCUAUGGAAAAUAAUGGUGCCUGGAUUGUGGUCAAAAGAGAGUGGUUUCAUGGUGUUAAUAGCUCUUGCUCUUGUAUCAAGAACUAUGUGUGAUUUGUGGUUAAUCCAGCAUACUACAUUAGUUGAAGGGUCCAUUAUAACAAUGAAUCACAAAGAAUUCAAGCGACUUGUGGGUCAAAUCUUCCUAGCAAUGCCAUUGAUAUCAGUGGUGAACAAUGUUCUAAAAUGGAGUAUAGGAGAAACUAAAUUAAGACUUAGGACAAAUCUUUCGUUAUAUUUAUAUCAAAAAUAUCUCAAAGGCUUCACUUACUAUCAAGUAACAAAUUUGGACAAUCGGAUAUCGAACGCGGACCAGUUAUUGACCACAGACGUUGACAAGUUCUGUGACACAGUUAUCAACCUGUACAGUAAUAUUAGCAAACCUCUAUUGGAUAUUGGACUCUACCUUUAUAGAUUGACUGUGAACUUAGGACCGUCGACUCCUGGUAUAAUGAUGGCGUAUCUAUUCGUGUCUGGUAUAUUUUUGACAUAUCUUAGAAGACCUACGUCUCGUAUGACGGUACAAGAGCAAAAACUAGAAGGUGAAUUCAGAUAUGUCAAUUCGAGGUUAAUCACGAACUCUGAGGAGAUUGCUUUUUACCAAGGCAACAACCGGGAGAAGUUGACUCUACUCGCCAGCUUCUACAAGCUGACGCGGCAUCUACGCAACUUCCUCAACUUCAGAGUCGCUAUGGGCUUCGUCGACAACAUUAUCGCUAAAUAUGUGGCUAUAAUAGUCGGAUUUUAUGCUGUCUCUCGUCCUUUCUUCGUCAAGAAUCACAAUUUACUCACAAACAGUACUGAAAACGACCGAUUUAAGCACUACUACACGUACGGGCGCAUGCUGGUGAAGAUGGCGGAGGGCAUCGGGCGGCUGGUGCUGUCGGGGCGCGAGCUCAGCCGCCUGGCGGGCCUCACGGCGCGCGUCACGCAGCUGCGCGCCGUGCUGCAUGACGUCAACCAGGGGAAAUACAGCCGCACCAUGGUCGACAGGAACCAGGAUGGCGACAGUCCAAUGCCGCUGUUGCCGGGCGCAGGUCGCAUUAUCUACAAGGACAAGGUGAUCCGCUUCGACCGCGUGCCGCUCGUCACACCCAACGGGGACGUGCUCAUCAGGGAACUUACCUUCGAAGUGCGUUCCGGUAUGAACGUGGUCGUGUGCGGGCCCAACGGCUGCGGGAAGUCGUCCAUGUUCCGUCUGCUGGGCGAGCUGUGGCCGCUGUUCGGCGGCGCGCUCACCAAGCCGCCGCGCGGCAGCCUCUUCUAUAUACCGCAGCGGCCGUACAUGACGCUCGGCACUUUACGCGACCAGGUAAUCUAUCCUCAAAGUCACGAGGAGAUGCUGCGUCGCGGGCGCUCGGACGCCGAGCUGGCGCGCUUCCUGCAGCUGGUGCAGCUGGCCUACCUCGCCGACAGGCAGGGCGGCUGGGACGCCGUCGAGGACUGGAUGGACGUCCUCUCCGGCGGCGAGAAGCAGAGGAUAGCUAUGGCGCGGCUGUUCUACCACGAGCCGCAGUUCGCGAUACUAGAUGAAUGUACCAGCGCCGUCUCCGUUGACGUCGAGGGACAAAUGUACCAGUACUGUCGAGAGAUGGGUAUAUCGCUGUUCACGGUGUCCCAUCGCAAGUCGUUGUGGCAACACCACGACCACUACCUGCGCAUGGACGGCCGCGGCGGCUACCAGUUCGCCGCCAUCGACACUGACACGCACGAGUUCGGCUCAUGAACUAACGAUAUAUUACUUUAACUUCUUUCUUUUAUAUCAAAAUACUAACAGUUCGCGUGCGGCUUCAUCCGCAUCAAAUAAAAAAAUUAUUGUUUGCAUU